GAACCCUUCGGACUCGUUCCCUGAUCGCGGUCUGACCAGAAGAGGGCAUUCCGCUUCUGCCUGACGAAGUUGCUUUGACAAGCAGACGUGAUUAACGGCGGCGUCAUGCUGUAUUUCAAACCCAGCAGUAGCGAGAGGGAAGGGAACGGUUGAGCAGGGAAAAAAAAAAAGAAAAGAAAAGAAGGGGGGAUGUUUGGAUGACUUUCCCGAGAGACUCGUUGACAGCGCUUCACACUCACUUGGGAAUAAACCUGCUGCUUACUUUCUUUCGGUGUGCCGCGCAGAACACAGACGAACAAGGUCUUUUACCAGAAAUAUUUAUGGGAACUAACCGCCUGCUUUUUUAUAUCACGCCGACGCUUGGUGAAGUUCCAGACGGGAUUUUCGCGGAAUUUCCGUGUGCAUGUAAGACUGACAUGACUUACUUGGAUGUGAUAUUGUUACCCUCUGCGCCAGCUGCGGUGCGUUCUGGCUGUUACUUUAAAUAAGAAGAGGAAAGAAAAGAAGAAGCUGAUUCUUCGCUUUGCUUCUGAAACAUGGAUAGAGAGUUCUGAAGCCGGAUUUUGCAAGCCUUUAAUCUGGAGUCGGGAAGUAAAUGACAUUCUCUGCGGUUCGCUGGGACGGGAAUAGGUGCAGAGCUAAACCGGAUAAAGCAUCGCAGGUCCAGGAGAGUGAAAAAGGGCAGGUGCGCUUUGGAGUCAGCGACUGCGCGGAGAGAGCGGACCGGUGGAUUAGGACGGUACCUGCGUGUGCUGUGGAGAGCGCAUCAUGCGGACUCGGAUGUCGCGCACAAUGAGCCAUUAAAACCUGUAGGCUGGAGCGAAAACAGAUAAGCGGAUAUGGGCUCUGCUCUGCAGCGUCGCUGGCUAUUGUUCCAACUCCUGAUGCAGGUGUGGCUAGCAGCAAAUCCAUCUCUAAGUGAUCGCCACUGCCCUAAGAGUUGUCGCUGUGAUGGAAAAAUUGUCUACUGUGAGUCAAGCGCCUUUCGUGAUGUCCCCAAGAACCUUUCAGGAGGCUGUGAGGGCCUGUCGCUGCGGUACAACAGCCUCUCCAGUCUUCGCGCAGGACAGUUUGUUGGCCUCAACCAUCUUAUUUGGCUCUACUUGGACCAUAAUUACAUUGCCUCUGUGGAUGCAAUGGCAUUCCAGGGGGUCCGCAGGCUUAAAGAACUGAUUCUAAGUUCGAACAAGAUUACAUCACUCCAUAAUACAACAUUUCAUCCUGUCCCUAAUUUGCGGAAUUUGGACUUGUCAUACAAUAAACUGCAAGCCUUGCAACUUGGGCAAUUCCAAGGGUUACGUAAACUUCUUAGUCUUCACAUGCGAUCUAAUUCACUAAAAACUCUCCCGAUGCGUCUUUUUCAAGAUUGCAGAAAUCUUGAGUUCCUUGAUCUUGGUUACAAUCGCCUCCGGAGUAUCACUCGAAAUGCACUUUCUGGACUUGUCAAACUCACUGAGUUACAUUUGGAGCACAAUCAGUUCUCCAAGAUCAAUUUUUCCCAUUUUCCUCGACUCUACAAUUUGCGGGCUCUUUACCUGCAGUGGAAUCGCAUUCGAUCAAUGAGCCAGGGCCUGACUUGGACCUGGGCCUCUGUCCAAAAACUGGAUCUGUCAGGGAAUGAACUGACAGAAGUAGAUCCCGCAGUCUACCAAUGCUUACCAAACCUGCAGACUCUCAACCUGGACUCAAAUAAGCUGACAAACGUUUCUCAGGAGGUUGUUGAUGCUUGGAUCUCACUGACCAUGAUUAGUUUAGCAGGAAAUGUUUGGGACUGUAGCCCUGCCAUCUGUCCUCUUGUGGCUUGGCUGAGAAAUUUUAGAGGGGCAAAAGAGACCACAAUGAUUUGUGCCUCUCCCAAGAAAGCUCAAGGAGAGAAAGUGAUGGAUGCAAUUGAAGCAUUUGGGGUUUGCCAAUCCAACCAAGGGCCAGUUCUCACAGUGAAUAUUACUCCAAACCCAUCCAGGAUCCCUGUUCAGACAGAAUAUAAUCCAUCUGUGCUGGCUUUGACAACUAGCUCGGGAAAGAGAUCUGAGGGAUCUCUUUGGGGUCCUACUUCAUUGGCAGUUACCCCACCUGUUGCACUUCCUCCAGAGCAAGACUUAGAGCCUGUCUCUUUCCAUAAGAUUGUGGCCGGAAGUGUUGCCUUGUUUCUGUCCGUUGCAAUGAUCCUCUUGGUAAUUUAUGUGUCCUGGAAGCGCUACCCUAACAGCGUGAAGCAGCUCCAGGAGCACUCUGCCGCGGCUCGCAAGCGUCGCAAGAAACCCCGAGAGACGGAGCGCACCCUUAGCUCCCCUCUGCAGGAGUACUAUGUGGACUACAAGCCCAACAAUUCUGAGGCCAUGGAUGUGCUUGUCAAUGGAACUGGACCAUGCACCUACACCAUCUCAGGCUCCCGAGAAUGCGAGGUCCCCCACCAGAUGGGUGCCCUAACCUUUUACCGCUACGAACAGCCCAUUGUAGACUACUGCCAGGCCCAUCAACCCCUGCGGCUCAACAUGGGAUACGAAGGCCCACCUCAGGGACUGGAAGGACUUGAAGACUUGGGGCCAUGUGACAGGGGCACGAUACAGACGGUGGCCUUGCCUGCAGUGCCCUCUGUUGCCAGCAUAGGUGGCCCUGUGCCAGGGGCCCGGUCCCCUCCUCCGUCCCUCAUGCAACAAACUGAAGGCCCCAGCAGUGGCCCUUAUCCUCCCCCAGAACGCACCGGAACUCUUAAAUUUGGACGCUAAAGAGUCUGACUGUUAGAGGUGGGAGAAAAGCCUGUGAUUCAACAUUACUUUUGAAAGGAAGGGAGCAGGUGAGGUGGUUCAAUGGGGCCUUGUUUAUACCACAUGGACGAACGGACUACAUUUUCAAAAUAUUCCUGGAGGGUUUUGGCACUGGAAAUACACAGUCUUACAUUAAUAUAAUAUGGUGGAACAUUCAUCAUUCUGAAUUUCUUUUAAAAGCAGCUCAUAGAAAAAAAAACCCUCACUACCUACUCAUCAAAAGUAAUUUAACAGAUGAUGAAAAGAGUUGCUUUGUGGCCGAAUCUGGUCUUCAUCAUACCUGAUGUCAGCCCAAUGGCUUACGUGUUCACAGUGGCAGCAGUCAGCUUCUGCACUGUCAGGAGUGAAAGGGGACGUGCAAUAAACAAAAUGUCUCAAUCAUAGAACAUGGCAGUAACGCGACAGAUCUCUGAGGUUUUGUGAAGCACAGGAGGCUUCCUACUGUAAUUAGAAUAUUCAUCUCACAAGCUGUUGACAAAGUGAGACCUGCAUUAUCGUUCCGGAAAUAAUCACAUUCAGACUUUCUUUUGUUCUGUUUUGUUGGAUGUUGUAUUUAGAACUGAAUUCAAUUUCUGUGCAUGUUAAACCAAAGAGUUUAUUAAGGACUUUCUUUAAGGCACAUACAUAAAAUAUCAGUUGUUUUACACAACAACCCCCUGCCAGUUCGCACUUAACCGCCAAAGCCCCCUGCUGUUUAUGACAAACUUUGCAGAUGAGCAAAGCAAUCAAGCUUGAGUAAGGUCAGGUUCUGAACUGAGCUGUUGAACAGAUUCAUUAUAGUCGUGAAAUGUAUAAGGGGAACCAUGAACAACAGCUUCCAAAGCUGUAUGUUCAAAUAAUAAUAACAGAAUACAUAUAGGAAGUAAAUGGCUAAUCACUGUAUGUGAAUAUACCCCCAGCUGAAUGACUCACUUUUCUUUAGGAAACCUUUCAUGUGGAUAUUCAUGAGAAAAUAAGUACAUUUAUAUGAACAUGUGUACAUAUUAUUCAAAAGGUUGAGCCUAUUGAAAGAGAAACCACUCUCACUGCCCCAAAAUUGUCAUUUGAAACAAAUCAAUGAUUGACUUUCAUCAGAAUGGACUACAGAAGGAGCAACGCGCUCCUCUUUCCCUGCCGCCACAGAGAACAACACUGCUGACUGGAGGCAUGUUAAACCAGCAAGCUGACUUCUCUUUGACCUGCAUAUGAACCCAUGGACUGUAUUGGGAAUGUUACAGACAUGUUUAUUUAUUUUUUUUUUUUGUUCUAUAAAGCGUGCAAUGGAGUUUUAUGCACUCAGUAACCCUGUGGCCGCUGUGUUGAGCACUUCUUAUGGAGUCGUUGGGGACUUAACAUACAGCAGCGACAGGCUGUCAAGUAUAGUCUCUGGCUCCGGCCAGAGUGUUGUGGAAACUGACCACAACAAGCCGGGGUGACACACAGUUCAAACAGAUCAAUGCAUCCUUACGAUGGGAAUAUAUGAAGCAAACUAUUGUUUUUUUUUUUUCCUUUUCUUUUCUCUUUUUGAGAUAAAUCGAAAGUUUCUAAAGUGUUUAAAGAUGAUGUCAAUAAAUUCCAUAAGACUCACAGAGGGACUAAAUAAAACAGAACUCAAUCAUUGUGUAAAUAAAAAAAAAGUCUUUAAGAAGAAAAUAAAGGUACAAACUUCACUUCUUCUGAAACACAAACUGUGAACAGAAGAGGAGCCUUAUUGACGUUCCAGUGGGAAUACAUUACCAGGACGACUCGGUGAGGAGGUUCCUAUUGUAAUGCUCUUGUUGUUUCAAUGAUAAAUAUUUUUCUAUCUGCUCCCUUCAUGAUAUUGCCAUUUAAUUCAAAUGAUAUGGAGAUUCUUUCUUAAACCCAGUUCAUUUUACCGAAUCGCAUUUUGGAGGAAGGGUUGAAACCAGUAUUAUUUGUGACGUUCUCUGAAUGGCCUCUGUAUUCUUUGUUCUCACACUUGUACAUGUUAGAGAGGUAUACCUUCAGGUUGUUGUCACACGGUUUGUUAUUUGUAACACAGUCUGUUCAUCAACUUUUAGAAUUUCCAUGCUAUCUGCCAUUCAAAGAUUUCCUGUGUGGAGAAGAAGUGUGCUAACUUGUGAGAAAAUAUGUUCUUGUUUUGAUGUGCCAUUAUUUUUGUAUGCGUUCUACCAAAAACCAGGCCCAGACACAAGUGACUCAAAUAUUAUCACCGCAUUGCAACCUCAAAAGGGUUCAUUCCCGUUUAUGUACAGGUCAUUGCAUUAAAAAAAAUAAAAAAUAAAAAAAUACA